AUGCGCUUUUCUCGCAUUACAAUUGUUUCGUCACUCAGUACUCUCGUCGUCGCUAAGAAUCAUGACGUUAAUUAUGACUGUUCUCAAACUCCGCAGCUGUGUUUCAAUACUUGCUGGGCUUUGAAUGUUGUCAAACACCCAAAUUCUCUCCACGGCGGUGGAGGUUCAGGUGCAGGUUCGGACAACCGAGAAGACUGGGGAUACGAAACGUCCAUGUGCUCAAAGCAGAACGUAAAGUGGCGUUGCCCCGAUGGUAGAGGCGGAACGGGUGAUUGCAAAUCAAUUGAUGAGUAUCCUUUCGCUGGCUCCAAGGAAGGUGGUUUUGCUUGGCAGCAAACUGUUGUUGCACUGCGGUGCAUUCCAAAUACAGACCAGAGCAUUCAAGGUGGUAAACUGAGUGGCAUAGCUACUUCACCCCAGACCGAUACAUGGACAAUCAACCUCAACAACCUCCAUUACGUUACUGGGACAAACUUCCAUUCGCCUGCAAGGACUUGGUGCACUACUGCACCAAUCAUGCAGAACGAUGGGCACCAAUUGAUUCCUGUGGGUGGACAGUUGAAACUUGAUGACCCAAAUCUUGUUGUUGCAAGAGGAGAAAACUCCACGUCUCAGUUGAAGUUUUCAGAAGACGGGAAUAGCGCAACAUUUGUGAACAGGAUCGACAAUGGCCGACUGGUUCCUAUCACAUUCGAGGCUUAA